AUGCCACCGAAUCGCCCAGAUGCCCGUCGAGCCGUCACUCCCAGCAGCCACAGAGGCAGCAAGCCAAGAGCCGACCUCGCCCGUGAUGCGGCCGCCCUCGAAGCCACCGGCCACCGGCAGGAGCUCGAGCGCAACUUCUCCAUGCUCUCCAUGCUGGGCCUGGCGUUUGCCAUCCUCAACACGUGGACCGCUCUCGCCGCCUCCAUCAACCUCGCUCUUCCGUCGGGGGGGCCCAGCUCCGUCGUCUGGGGGCUCGUGGCGGCCGGUCUGGCCAACCUGUGUCUGGCGGCCUCUCUGGCCGAGUUUCUCUCCGCGUAUCCAACCGCCGGGGGACAGUACCACUGGGCGGCCAUCGUCUCGUGGCGACGGGCCAGCCGCUCUGUCGGCUACAUCACGGGGUGGAUCAACGUUUGCGGCUGGGUGGCCCUGAGCGCUUCGGGCCCUCUGCUCGGCAGCACCUUCGUUGUCAACGUGGUGAGCCUGUUGAGGCCGGGCUACGAGGCGAUGCCGUGGCACCAGCUUCUCAUUUACAUUGCCUUUGCCGUUGUGGCCUUGGUGACGAAUGCGUUGCUCACUAGACUGCUGCCCUACUUCACCAAGGCCUCCUUCUUCUGGUCCGUUGCGGGCCUCGCCGUUGUUUUCGUCACCGUCUUGGCUUGCGCGUCGCCAAAUUUUCAGCCUGCCAGCUUUGUCUACGGCCAGUUCUCAAACACCACUGGCUGGCCGGAUGGUUUGGCCUGGUUGCUGGGCUUGCUCCAAGGAGCCUUUGCCUUGACUGGCUUUGACGCAACUGCACACAUGAUUGAGGAGAUAGCCGACCCUCAGCGCCGAGGCCCCAAAAUCAUGCUCUACUCCAUAGCCAUCGGCAUGUUGACGGGGUUCGUUUUCCUAAGCGCCCUGCUAUUCUGCGUCGCCGACGUUGACCAAGUCAUCAACGCCAGAUGGGGGCCUCUUUUGCAAGUCUUCAUGGACGCUACUAAGAGUCGAGCCGGCAGCGUAUGCUUGCUCAUGUUCCCCCUGAUCUGCAUCGUCUUCACCACCAUCACGCUGGUUUGCACGAGCACCAGGAUGAGCUACGCGUUUGCUCGGGAUCACGGGAUGCCCUUCAGCAGCUUCUUGGCGCGGGUGCACCCCACGCUCCAUGUGCCACUGAAUGCGCUGCUCUGGACCGUCGGCUGGGUCAUCGUCUUUGGCCUCAUCUUCCUGGGCUCGAGCAGCGCCUUUAACGCCAUCACGUCUGCUUCCGUCGUCGCCCUGGGCGUGACCUAUGCGAUACUGCCGGCCAUCCACGUCCUCCGGGGCCGCAAAAUGCUGCCCGAGAGCCGCUGCUUCAAGCUGUCUGAGCCAUGGGGUUGGAUUCUCAACAUUGUUGGCAUCCUGUGGACCAUGUUGACCACGGUGCUCUUUGUCUUCCCCCCAAGUGUCCCCGUCACGGCGAGCAGCAUGAACUACUGCGUCGUCGUGCUCGGCGUCAUGUUGCUCAUUGGCGGCACGACCUGGAUACUGGACGGGCGGACUCACUACGAGGCACCGCGCCUCUGCGAGCCAGCGUCGACGGAGGGCAGCACGGAAGGAACGGAGACGUCCGACUCGUCGGAAAACCACGGACAGGAAUUGGCUGGGGCAGACGCAUGGCGGACAGGGCAAGGACAAGUGGCCGGGGGUGGUUGA